AUGGUCCAAGGAAAAAAAAUUAUUGUGACUGGAGGAGGAGGAUAUUUUGGCCACAAGCUGGGGAAUGAGCUGAAGAAGAUGGGAGCAGUGGUUGUAUUGUGUAACAUCUCGUGGCCGUUGGAUGAUGUUGGAGUGUUUUUAGGCAGACUUGAUCGGUAAAUUACGUAAUUCACUUUGGAUUAUUUUACCAAAACAACUCCUUUCAGAUCUCGCCUUUGUGCUACGCACAGAUGAAAAUAUUAAAUUUUGCCACGGGGAAAAUACAUGGAAGUUUUUUAAAUUUGCUGUGGCAGACACCCGGUGGUGUGAAGUCUUUUCUAAACAUUUAAGUCUCAUUUUAUGUCAUAAGAUUCAUAUAUAUGUUUUAGGGGAUAUAACAAGUAAAGAAGAUGUAAGAAAGAUAUUUAUCAGUCAUCAGAUUGAUGUGGUUUUCAUAGUGCAUCAUAUGGAAAGUCUGGAAGAGAGCGAGUUAGUAGGUUGUAGUUAUUGAGUGAACGGUGGGGCCAGACAAAAAUACAUUUGCCUCCAGGUUUUGGAUUCAAAGAUGUGCAGAGCUUGGAUUCUGUGCCUGUUCCAAAUGUCAUGAUUGAGAGAUAAAUCUUUCUCUGUCUUCUCUGUCUUUCUCUGGCCCAACCCUACUCAGUCAAAACUGAUUUUUUAGACUGAAAUGCAGUCCUAUGGAUGUACCAAUACUGCUUGUUGCUUUCUGCUCCUUAAUUGGAAUAAGCUGCAACAUGAUUGUUCAUUGGGUUCCAAGCUGUCCUUUACCUUAAAUUCUGUUGAUAUCAGUAUCCAUAUUCUCUAUACUGUUCCCUAAACAUAUCCCAUGGUACUGACAAAGAGAAUCUGUUUAACAAUCAAAGUAUUUGUAAUCUGGUGAUCAUUUCCUUUAUUAUGAUGAUCCUAUUUUUUUUGACUCAGGGAUGAUACCGUUAGGAGAAUGUAGAUGCUGGUUACGUUAAAGGAUUAAAGGGUUUUCUCAUUUGGACUGUUCUUGGGCAUGGUCCACAUUGAGAUGGCCAUGGUAGAAAUCAUUUGGAAUUGGAAUAGGACUUCCUUUACAACAACUUUAUUUAUGUAAAUAAUAACAUUAUAGUAUAUUAUUAUUAUAAUAUGUAUUAUUAUUAUGAUAUAUUAUUCCACUCUUUAACUAGUGAUGUGUUUGCAACUCAGGCUGUUGUGGCAUCUGGCUGUAUUUUAUCAUGAAAACAGUAA